AUGAGAUUACGAUGUCUGGUGAAGCAACUGGAGAGAGGAGAGGCUUCCCUCACAGACCUCAAGAAGAACCUCGAGUAUGCCGCGUUGGUGCUGGAAUCCGUUUAUGUGGAGGAGACGAGGCGUUUGGUGGACACAGAGGAUGAGCUCAGUGACAUCCAGUCAGAGUCCGUGCCCUCCGAGGUCCGGGAUUGGCUGGCCUCCACCUUCACCCGGCAGAUGGGCCUGAUGCUGCGGCGCAAUGAGGAGAAACCUCGCUUCCGCAGCAUCGUCCACGCCGUGCAGGCUGGCAUAUUUGUUGAGAGGAUGUACAGACGCACCUCCAAUAUGGUGGGACUGAGCUACCCCCCUUCAGUCAUAUCUGUGCUUAAGCAUGUUGACAAGUGGUCGUUCGACGUGUUCGCUCUAAAUGAGGCCAGCGGAGAUCAUGCUCUUAAAUUCAUAUUCUACGAGUUGCUCACAAGAUACGACCUUAUUAACCAUUUCAAGAUCCCAAUCUCUGCGGUGGUGUCAUUCAUUGAGGCCCUAGAAGUGGGAUACAGCAAACAUAAAAACCCCUACCACAACCUGAUGCACGCUGCUGAUGUCACACAGACUGUGCACUACUUGCUACUCAAGACUGGCAUGGUGCAUUGGUUGACUGAGCUUGAGAUCUUUGCCAUGAUCUUUGCGGCGGCGGUGCACGACUACGAGCAUACGGGGACGACAAACAACUUCCACAUUCAGACGAG